AUGAAUAUUCAAAGCUAAAAUAAUAGUGCUGGAUAUAUUUCAUCUCCAGAGUAUCCUUGGUCUAAAAAGAAAUAAGCUGAUGGACAAGAAUUUGAACCACAAGAAAAAUAAAUAUAAGAUGAUACCAAUUCAAAAUUUGAGAGUAGAUGCUUAAUUGAUGAUCCACCCAUAAAGUUCAUACAAUAAUAGUAAAGUUUAAAACUAUAUCAGUCAUUCUCAAAACUCAAUUCAUGAUGAAGAACAACAAUAGAUAAUAUAAUCUGAAAUUCUCAGUCCCUCUAAAUUAUUAAGAACAGGAAAUGAACUUAAAAGCACUUAAUCAUUCGAUAUUAAGUUAGAACAAACUUCAAUACAAGAAGAGCCUAUAGUGAAUUCAAGAACAAGAAGGAAAGCAAGCAAAGCCAAUUAUAAUGUACUAAUUUUGAUUUAUUUUUAACCCAAGGUUGAUGACUCUCCUACUAUUGACUCAGAUAAUAAGCCUUGUCAUUGUUCUAAAACAAAUUGUUUAUAAUUAUAUUGCUCUUGUUUUCAUAAUAGGAGAUAGUGUACUUAAGAAUGCAAAUGUUCUGAUUGUUUUAAUGAUGGAUAACAUUAAGAUGAAGUUCUUAAAGCAAUAGAAUAGAUAAAAAUAAAGGAAUAAAGGGCAUCACAUCAUGAUCUUGAUUCUUUUGAUACAAGAUAGGUUUGGGGAUGUAAAUGCAAAAAAACAAAGUGCAUUAAAGGAUAUUGUGAAUGUUUUAUCAGAGACAAAAAAUGCAGUUCCCACUGUCAAUGUACUAAUUGCCAAAAUAAAAAAUAAAAAACAUCAAUAAACAAGAAAAUUAAAAAAAUAUGA